UGUUUUCAAGGUCUGUUGCAAGGUUUGUUCUUAUCCAUAUUUGAGACUGCCAUCCAUGUUUGAGACUGUCGCUUACAAGAUUAAUCUAGCGUAGCCUGAAAAAUGUAAUUCGACUAAAGGUCGCCCAGCUACCGAUUCUCCUAUUAGUCUGACCUAUAGUAGUAUUGAUAGAUGGACUGGUGUGAGUCUGUAUCUAUAAGGUUAUUCAGACUAAUCACUUUUAAUUGAAAUAAACAGUCUAGUGGUAUUAGAAUUACAUUUAAAUCUACAAUGCAAUGACACAGUAGUUAUUCAUCCCAACAAUAAAUAUAACAUGUAAGACAGGGCAGUCGGCUGGUUCGACAUUCCAUGUUCAGUUUGACUGAUGUCAAAGACAUAAAAGUGUACAGAAGUACAAGUGAAGUGUAUUGUGACAAACCAAGUUCAAGCUUGGGUUGUUAACAUGGCUGGGAUUUUACAGAGGAACCACUUAUUUCUAAAACAAUCUACAUUUUUCCCAAAUGGGUGUUGCAGUACAGUCAAAUCAUUUCCUCAAAGAACUCAACUUAAACUAGAUCAUCAUAUUUUAAACCAGAGGAAUAUUCACAUCCAUAAAGUGACUGCAAUAAAUCUUAAUACACAUACUCAGUAUACUUUAAAUCCCUUAACAUAUAAAGGGGAUGAACAUAAGAGAUUGGGUCAAAAAUUAACAUUCCAGCAGUCUGUGAUAAAUUCAAGGACUAUUUUAUCAACUACUAGCUCUGCGUUGUGCAAGCCCACAAAAGAUCAGAUAUCUGGUUGGAGACUAAGUAGUGAAAGAAAUGUCUCCCUCAGUCCAAGAGAUAUCGUUGAUGCUUCUCCGUCCAACUGGAAACCUUACCUGAAGCUAAUUAGAUUCGACAAACCAGCAGGCACAUGGCUACUGCUCUGGCCAUGUACAUGGUCUAUUGGAUUAGCCACUCAAGCUGGGCACUUUCCCGAUCCUAAAACAUUGCUUCUGUUUGGAGCUGGCUCUCUAGUUAUGCGAGGAGCGGGUUGUAUCGUCAACGAUAUGUGGGACAGUGAGUUUGACAAAAAGGUGACCAGGACGAAAGACAGGCCUCUUGCAUCAGGUGAUCUUUCCCACACACAGGCUUUCUGGUUCCUUGGUUCUCAGUUAUCCAUAGCACUAGCCAUUCUGUUACAGUUCAACUGGUACAGUGUAAUCCUUGGUGCCAGUUCCCUUGGUUUAGUAGUGAUCUACCCUUUGAUGAAAAGAUACACAUAUUGGCCUCAAGUAAUACUAGGAAUGACCUUUAACUGGGGUACUCUACUUGGUUAUUCUGCCGUCGCUGGAGGCUGUAACUUGGGGGUUGUUCUACCUCUGUACAUUGCUGGUAUUAGCUGGACUAUGAUCUAUGACACAAUAUAUGCCCACCAAGACAAGGUCGAUGAUAUCAUGAUUGGUGUAAAAUCAACAGCACUGAAGUUUGGUGACAACACCCGCUAUUGGCUUACAGGGUUUGGGUCAACCAUGAUUGGAGGAUUGGCCCUCAGUGGAUUCAUGUGUGACCAAACUUGGCCGUAUUAUCUUGGGUUAAGUGGCGUGGCGGCUCACAUAAUGUGGCAGGUGCUAACAGUUGACAUCAACAGUUCCCCUGAUUGUUGGAAGAAAUUCUGCAGCAAUAUCAACCUUGGAGCCCUGCUGUUUAUAGGCAUAGUGGCAGGAACAUUAUACAAACAGACACCUGAUGACAAACAACAGACAAAUGAUACGGAUGAAUUAGAGAAGAUGAGAACUGAACAGUGAAAUGACGUAAAUUAAAAUAAUUGUGAUGCUGUAAUAAUUAUAUGUUAUACAGCAACAGAAAUCCAUGGAUCUAUGGAUAGUGGCAGAAACUUUGUAGAAACAGAUAUCUGAUGACAAGAUCUAGACUUCUCAUAGUGAUUAAACUGUAUUGAAAUACUGUACUGUAUAUGAUUCUGAUGCAAUAAUAUGUAAGAUAUUAAAGAUGCGUUGGGUCUGGUUUCUCUCCCGAUCUCUCUCGUAUUUCCAGAAUUGCCAUUUACAGAAUGGCCAAUUACAAAAAAUCUCUUUUACGAUUUCACUACCACAAGUGGUAGACAUAUUGUUACAGUCUCCAACU